AUGACAGAAAAAUCUAAUGGUGUGAAGAGCUCUACAGCCAAUAACCACAACCAUCAUGCACCUACUGCCAUCAAGACCAAUGGCAAUGAUGACCAGGGGACCAGUAGCAGGCCACAGUCUGCGGCUGAAGAUGACACAUCCUCAGAACUGCAGAGGCUGUCAGAGAUGGAUGCCCCCCAGCGGGAGAGAGGUGGUUUCCGCAGGAUCGUCCGCCUGGUGGGGGUCAUUAGAGACUGGGCCAUUAAGAAUUUCCGCGAGGAGGAACCAAGACCUGACUCAUUCCUUGAGCGUUUUCGUGGUCCUGAACUCCAGACCGUGACAACACAGCAAGGGAAUGACAAAGGCAACAAGGACGGCGAGGGCAAGGGCACUAAGAAGAAAUUUCAACUAUUUGUCUUAGACCCAGCUGGGGACUGGUACUACCGCUGGCUGUUUAUGAUUGCCAUGCCUGUCCUCUACAACUGGUGCCUGCUGGUGGCCAGAGCCUGCUUCAGUGACUUACAGGAAAGCUACUACCUAGUGUGGCUGGUGCUGGACUACUUCUCAGAUGUGGUCUAUAUUGCAGACCUCUUCAUUCGAUUGCGCACAGGUUUCCUAGAACAGGGGCUGUUGGUCAAAGAUCCCAAGAAGCUGCGGGACAACUACAUCCAUACUCUGCAGUUCAAGCUAGAUAUAGCUUCUAUCAUUCCCACAGACCUGGUCUAUUUUGCUGUGGGCAUACACAGCCCUGAGCUUCGUUUCAACCGCCUUCUACACUUUGCCCGUAUGUUUGAAUUCUUUGACCGAACUGAGACACGCACUAGUUACCCCAAUAUCUUCCGCAUCAGCAACCUGGUUCUCUACAUCUUGAUCAUCAUCCACUGGAAUGCUUGCAUCUACUAUGCCAUUUCCAAGUCCAUUGGCUUUGGGGUUGACACCUGGGUUUAUCCCAAUAUCACUGAUCCUCAGUAUGGCUACUUGGCUAGGGAAUACAUCUACUGCCUUUACUGGUCUACACUGACCCUUACUACCAUUGGGGAGACACCACCUCCUGUAAAGGAUGAGGAGUAUCUAUUUGUUAUUUUUGACUUCCUGAUUGGUGUCCUUAUCUUUGCCACCAUUGUGGGAAAUGUGGGUUCCAUGAUCUCCAACAUGAAUGCCACCCGAGCUGAGUUCCAGGCCAAGAUCGAUGCAGUCAAACAUUACAUGCAGUUCCGAAAAGUCAGCAAGGAGAUGGAAGCCAAGGUCAUUAAGUGGUUUGACUACCUUUGGACCAAUAAGAAGACUGUGGAUGAGCGGGAAGUUCUCAAAAAUCUGCCGGCCAAGCUGAGGGCUGAGAUAGCCAUCAAUGUCCACUUGUCCACACUCAAGAAAGUGCGCAUCUUCCAGGAUUGUGAGGCUGGCCUGCUGGUGGAGUUGGUAUUGAAGCUUCGUCCUCAGGUCUUCAGCCCUGGGGAUUACAUUUGCCGCAAAGGGGAUAUUGGCAAGGAGAUGUACAUAAUCAAAGAGGGCAAGUUGGCAGUAGUGGCUGAUGAUGGUGUCACUCAGUAUGCCCUGCUCUCAGCUGGGAGUUGCUUUGGAGAGAUCAGUAUCCUUAAUAUUAAGGGUAGCAAAAUGGGCAAUCGACGCACAGCCAAUAUCCGCAGCCUGGGCUACUCAGAUCUCUUCUGCUUGUCCAAGGAUGACCUCAUGGAAGCUGUGACUGAGUACCCUGAUGCCAAGAAGGUCUUGGAGGAGAGGGGUCGAGAAAUCCUUAUGAAAGAGGGGUUACUAGAUGAGAAUGAGGUGGCAGCCAGCAUGGAGGUGGAUGUGCAAGAGAAGCUCGAACAGCUGGAGACCAACAUGGAGACCUUGUACACUCGCUUUGGCCGCCUGUUGGCUGAGUACACAGGGGCCCAGCAGAAGCUCAAACAGCGCAUCACGGUUCUAGAAACCAAGAUGAAGCAGAACAAUGAGGAUGAUUACCUUUCUGAUGGGAUGAACAGCCCUGAGCCAGAUGAUGCUGAAAAGACAUAA